GUGACGUCACCGGAAGUCAGACGGCGGAUGGAGCCGGGACGAGCGGCACGGCACCCCCCCAAGCGCCGGGUUCCGCGCAUGGCGGACCCGCACCCGCUCUUCGAUGACACCAGCGCGGUGGGGCCGGGUCCGCCUCGGGCCUACGGGGCUCCGGUAGCGGCGGCAGCGGCCGCGGCUCCCACGGCCCCAUCGCCGUUCCCAGCCCCGGCCGCCUUCCUCAGCGAGCCCGUGUCCAGCCUGGCCGCGGCCUACGGCAGCAGCUUGGCCAGCCAAGGCCGGGACAUCGUGGACCGGAACCUCGACCGCUUCAUCCCGGUGGGGAGGCUCAAGUAUUACUUCGCUGUGGACACGGUUUACGUGGGGAAGAAGCUGGGGCUGCUCCUGUUCCCCUUCCUGCAUCAGGACUGGCAGGUCCGGUACCAGCAGGAUGCUCCGGUCGCCCCUCGCUUUGAUGUCAAUGCCCCUGAUCUCUACAUCCCCGUGAUGGCUUUCAUCACCUACAUCCUCGUCGCUGGCCUGGCCCUGGGCACCCAGAGCAGGUUCUCCCCGGACAGCCUGGGGCUGGAGGCCAGCUCUGCCCUGGGCUGGCUGCUGCUGGAGCUGGUGGCUGUGCUGCUCUGCCUCUACCUGCUCAGCAUCAGCACCGACCUCAGCACCAUGGAGCUGCUGGCCAUGGCUGGCUACAAAUAUGUGGGCAUGAUCAUCGGCCUCCUCUCGGGGCUGCUCUUUGGCCGCCCUGGUUACUACGUGGUGCUGAGCUGGUGCUGCUUCAGCAUCUUCAUCUUCAUGAUCCGGACACUGCGCCUGAAGCUGCUGUCGGAGGCGGCGGCCGAGGGGGUCCCUGUGCGGGGGGCAAGGAACCAGCUCCGGAUGUACCUGACCAUGGGCAUUGCUGCGGUGCAGCCGCUCGGCAUGUACGGGCUGACGCGGCACCUGCUGCCAUGAGGGGGGGGGGGGCACCAAAUACCCCCCCCGGGCACUAACUACCCCAUAUGGAACCGCAAAUAUACCCCAUGGGCAACAAAUACCCCCCCUGUGGA